AUGUUCGCAUGGGGCACCUCCGCGCUCGGUCGCAGGGGGAAACCUUAUAAAGGGCCGGGUUUUUUGGUUUUUUGUGUUUUUUUUUAUGGCCGUGUGGUGACCAGGACUCCUGAUGCAGAGUGGAGGAGACACCCCGCCAGCCCCCGGCCACCCAGGCUUUAUGUCCCGUCUGAAAGCCCGGCUACAGCACAUGCACACACUCGCACGCCUCACACGCCUUCAAAAGACAACAUUAUUUUCACUUCCUGGAGACUCAGCAGCGGCGAGUCCACGUCUGACCACAGUCCGACGUCCAGGGUCAUGGUGUAG